UUAAGAUAAGUGAAUAUACACUAUACCUGUUAUUACAUCAACAUUUCAGUUAUGUUGUCUACAGUUGGUAUAUUUGUGAUUUUUCUCAGAAUUAUUCCAAGUUCAGCUAAUGAAAUGAAAAAUAUUUCAGUAGAGUGUUCAAAACAAUUCGACCUCUAUUACAAUGGACUUCUAAAAAUGGAACAAUGGGCUUUGCAAAUGUUUGAUGCCAAAGCCAAAUUUCCAACUGGAGUUUUAGCUGGGAAUUUUUACGAUUUGGGAAAUUUUGACGAAUGUUUGGGUGUGAAAAAUGGCGAAUUGACUGGUAAAUACUGUUUGGGGAAAAUUCCAAUUACAGGCAAAAACAUCUCACUUGGUAUCACAAAAGGUGGACAAGCAAAAAUAAUUUCAGAUCAAAUUUAUCGUUAUUCUGCAUUUUGUGUCCCAAAUGAGUGUAGCACUGAAGACUUAACCAUUUUACACAAACUUUAUAUUUUUGACAAUAAUUAUUGUUACACACGAAACAACUCGCAAAUGGCACCUGGAACUACGGCAACAAUAGCAAUUCUAGGCAUUUUUCUAUUACUUUGCUUUCUCUCAACCUGUUAUGAUGUCUACCUAUAUUACAAAAAAUACAAGCCUGGUAAUGAGCUCACAAUUGCAUUUUCUUACUUCACAAAUGGGAAAAAACUGAUGGCAACAACAAAAAAUAAAGAUCAACUGCUGUGCUUAAAUGGAAUGAAAGCACUCACAAUGAUGUGGAUUGUAACAGCUCAUGAACAUGUGAAUGGAGCUAUGGCACCAAUUGCUAAUUAUUUUGCAAUUUCGGAGUUUAUUAAAGAUACUGCAAACAUGUUUGUUGUGGGAUCGUCUGUAUCAGUGGACACUUUUUUUUUAAUUGGAGGAUUGGUAAUUGUGUACACGUUUCUGAAAUAUGAAGCGAAAGGGAAAAAAUUUAAUAUGGUUUUGUUCUACGUUCAUCGGUACAUACGGUUAACUCCAGCUUUAGGAGUUAUAAUUCUAGUUUAUGCAACAACACUGAAAUAUUUAGGAAGUGGUCCUCUAUGGAAUUCAUUUGAUGAACACUUAGUAAUACCUUGUAGAAAACGCUGGUGGGCAGCUUUAUUAUACAUUCAGAACUAUGUACACGACGAUCAAAUUUGUGUACCACACUCAUGGUAUUUAUCCAUUGACAUGCAGCUAUUUGUUUUAUCACCACUUGUUCUUCUCCCAUUGAAAAGAAAGCCAAAAUGGACUUUGAUUGGUUUAGUGAUUCUUAUUAUUAUUAGCAUUGUUAUACCAUUUGGAGUUGCUUACAAUAAACAAUUUACUGGAUUUAUGGUUGGAGGAAAGAGUGAUACAGAAAAUUAUAUAUUUUUUUACUAUGAGCAAACGUAUGGGCGAUUUGGUCCGUAUGUCAUCGGCAUGAUUUUGGGUUAUUUCAUUUUUAAAAUUAAAAGUGGCGAAAUAAAAAUUAAAUUAAAGAAGGUAAUGAUUUUGCUGCUUUGGUCGUUGUGUCUCGCCAGUGGUCUGGCGUGUGUUUAUGCAGGCCAUGACACAAUGGUUGCUCCUUACAAUAGAUGGUCUCAUUCUCUCUACAUCGCCUUCAAUCGCCCAGCUUGGGCUUUGGCCAUUAGUGGCAUAAUUUUUUUAUGUGUCUCAGGAUACGGAGGACCUGUUAAUAACUUCUUGUCAGCUUCCAUAUUCCAGUUUUUGUCGAAAAUUUCUUAUUCCCUCUAUUUGGUUCACUAUGCGUUUAUCAUUCUCAGAGCUGCAAGUUACAAGACUGAAAUUAUGUUGGAGCAAUUCUAUACAUUUUUUAAUUUUUGGGGCGAUUUUAUGUGCAGUGUUGGAUUAGCUGUUGCUCUUUAUUUAACGUUUGAAUCUCCAAUGAUCGUAAUUGAAAAAUUACUGACUGAAAAAUGGUCACAUAAAAAUAAAGUUACUUUUAAAAUGAAGUAUAUUGAACUGAUUGUAAUAACAAUUCUGUUACUAAUAAAAAAUAGUAACAGUCAAGUGCCUUAUGAAGACAUUUUCAAAACAAUUACCCCAGACACAAACCUAAAAUUAUCAUCAAAAUGCCAACAAGAUGUUUCUCGUCUUGUAAAUACACCCCAUCUCCUUCUACUUUUGAUCGAUUCUAGCUCUAGAAUACCGUCUGGCGUAGCUAUGGGUAAUUUUAGACCAAUGGGAAAUUACGACGAAUGUUUGAGUAUAACAGAUAUUGAAACGAAAUUUUGUAAGACUUAUGUUACACUUGAUUUUCCUUCCAACAAUAAUAUUAGCGAAAAAAUUAACGUGGAAGCACUGUUUUGUGUGUUAAGAUCUUGCAAUGCCCAGGAUUUAAAUGAAAUUUUUGACAAGUUUCUAACUUUUGACGACGAUUUGUGUUUGACUAAGGAUUCAGGUCCUGCUUUAGACGCCUUAGCAAUAGCAGCAAUUGUUAUCUUUGCGAUAAUUGGGUUAAUCACUAUAACGUCUACCACUUACGAUGUGUUUGUACAAUAUAAGAAGAAAAAUGUAGUCCAUCCGAUUGCAACAGCAUUUUCGUUUUAUACAAAUGGGAAAAAAUUGUUUCGUUUAGGCAAUGCUCAGGAACUUCCAUGUCUGAAUGGUAUUAAGGCAUUAAGUAUGUUAUGGGUGGUGUUAGGGCAUGUUUACAUGGCCUAUGUUUUUGUUCCUUUGGAUAAUUAUUUGGAUGUUUAUAAUUGGCUCGACUCAACUUACAGCCAAUACAUCACAGGAGCAACAGUUUCAGUCGACACAUUUCUAGUAAUUGGAGGAUUUUUAACAAUGUACACUUUUGAAGCAACAUUGAACAAAGGCACAAAAUUUAACGUUACACUCUACUACCUUCACCGUUUUCUAAGACUUACCCCAUCUCUGGCAGCAAUGUUAUUAGCACAUGCGGCCCUUUUUAAUUAUUUUGGGUCCGGACCACUUUGGGAAAACACCGAUCUAUAUUUAUCAAAAGCUUGCAAAGAAUAUUGGUGGUCCACUUUGCUCUACAUCCAAAAUUAUAACAAUCCGAAUGGAAUCUGCAUUCCUCAAAGUUGGUACCUUUCAGUCGACAUGCAACUAUUUCUAGUAUCACCUCUACUCCUAAUUUUGAUGCGCCAAUGGCCAAUUUGGGGUUUUAUUACGACAUCAGUUCUCUCCCUUCUUUCAAUUCUGAGCAGUUUUCUGAUCGGAUGGUUUUUUGAACUUAAUGGUCAAAUGACUGGAAAUAUCAGUGGAAAUUUGAGCGACUACAUGAAAUAUUACUACAUGCCAACUCAUACCAGAAUGACCCCAUAUUUAAUGGGACUGAUGCUGGGUUAUGCCAUUUCGAAAUUAAAAACAACAGGAAAGAAAAUCAAAAUUCAUAAGAUGUUGGUACUUCUGGCAUGGGUGUUCUCACUUGUGUUAAUGGCGGUUUGUCUAUAUGCAGGACAUACUCUCCAAUUUACAGAAUACGACAGGUUGGCCAAUUCAUUCUACAUUGCUUUGAUGCGACCAACUUGGUCAUUUGCCGUCUGUUGGGUUAUUUUUGGAUGUGUGAUGGGCUUAAGUAAUCCCAUUAACAAAUUCCUUUCACUGCCAAUUUUCCAAAUUCUAUCAAGAUUAUCGUACAGUAUUUACUUGGUGCACUAUUCUUUCAUUUUUAUGACAAAUUUUACCACGAGAUCACCACUUCAUUUCAGCGAUUAUUACGCGUUUCAUAAAUUUUGGGGCGACUUGACCUUCUCGCUUGCAAUAGCAAUAGUGUGGACACUCAUCUUUGAAUCUCCGAUUAUUGUGUUAGAGAAAAUGUUGUUCAAAAAACCGGUCAAAAUUUCUCACGAUAAAAAAGAAUUGUUUGUUUGAAGUGUCGUAUUUAUUUAUAUUAAUUUAUUGUGUUUGUACUUUUAUAUUUAUUUAUAACAUAAAAUAUGCAAAUAAAUAUUUUGUAAUAAUA